UAAGAGGAAGAAGAAAAAGAAGCAAAGAGUAGUAGUAGUAUUCGUCACUCGUUUUUCGGUAAAGGAAUAGAUGCAUACACGAGGUCAGUUUAAAAGAAGACGAAGUUUUGUUUAAUUGUUGGUUAACGAUAUUGUCAUCUAAAAAAAGAUGACAGGUUUUACAGAAAGUGCUCUUGUUAAGAGACUUAUGGAUUUAAAUCCAUCACAACAAAGCAUCCAAACACUUUCUCUCUGGUUAAUACAUCACAGAAAACAUCAUCCUACGAUCGUAAAAGUCUGGUUCAGAGAGAUGUGCAAAGUGAAGGACAAUCGUAAGUUAAUGUUUAUGUAUUUGGCAAAUGAUGUUAUCCAGAAUAGUAAAAAGAAAGGUCCUGAAUUUGGCAAAGAAUUUGAAACAGUAUUGCCCAAAGCGUUUGAACAUAUGAAAGGAUUUGAUGAAAAAACCAGGGAAAGAUUAAAUAGGCUGUUACAAAUAUGGGAAGAGAGAGGUGUUUAUGAUAAAGUGCAAAUAGCAGAGUUUAAAGCGGCUUUCUUAGACACCGUUAAAGAACCAGGAACUCCGCCACCUAAAAAGAAAACAAAAGUUGAAGUAGAAAAGAAAGAAAAAAAGGAGAGGAAAAAAUCCGAGACUGAAGUCGAAGUGGACGGUACCAAAGAACUUCACGUAACCUUAAGUCCGCGUACGCCGGCUGGUGAUCCACCAGAAACGGAGGAACUAAUCAAAGCUUUAAUGGAUUUAGAAAAUACAGCAUCGUCUGAUGCUGGUGUAAGAGAACGUAUUGCAUCCUUACCACCAGAAGUAUCAGAAGUGUCGCUUCUGGCAAAUCUCGCUGAUAGAUCAGCGGCUGAUCAAUUAAGCAUAGCAGUUAAUGAAGCAGCAGCAUUAUUAGCUGAUUAUAAUGGAAGAUUGCAAGCUGAAAUGGAAGAUAGAAGAAGAUUGUUAACUAUGCUUAGAGAUUACACAUUAGCGCAAAGACAAUUACUUCAGCAGGCACAAACAACACUAGAGGAUUAUAAAGAAAAAUUAAAGAAAGUAUGUGCUGUUAGAUCCGAAGUGAAAUCCCAUAUUUCUAAUUUACCAGAUUUGACGCAAUUACCGGACGUAACAGGAGGCCUUGCUCCACUUCCUUCAGCUGGUGACUUAUUUUCUAUGCAUUAGUCUAAUAUUUGAUGAAGCAUGACCAUGUAAGAACUUUUUUUGAUUAUCAUUUGAUGAGUUUUAUACGGUACAAAUGUAUAAUCAUUUUAUGCUGGGCUUCGUCGAUUGUGAUAGAAAGAGGAUUCGUAUAUUGACUUUAUUUUCCAAAAAAAUAUUACACAAAUAGAAUAUAAUAUUAUUAAUAAUAAUUGCCGAUCAUUAUUCUCCUAUAUAAAUCUGCAAUAUAAAAGGAAAUGUACUGAUGAUGAUUCAUUGAUAAGAAAAAACAAAAAAAAAAGACCAAAAAGAAAAGAAAAAAUUUAUAAAUUAGAUACUACAAACUUUACACUUUCGAUGAAUAAUUGUUAAUAUCAAAUAAUGCACGCGAACAAAAACACAAAUGAAACUUUAAACGAUAAUUUUAUUGCUGCGUUAAAAAGUAUUGUUUAUUAAAAAAAAAAAGUGUGUUACACUGUGGUUUUCACUUCAAUUAUUUUAUUUUUUAUUUUUUUUUUUUUUUUUUUGUAAUAGUUUUAUGACUAUUCUUAUUUAUGCCCAUAAUUAUAAAAGUGGUCUAAGUCAUGUAUCUCUUGUUUUUUUUCGAGAUUCUAUUUAGUUUAAAAUAAUGUGCUGUGUGAAAUAACUAAAUUGUGACUUAGAUUACUUUCAUAAUUAUUGACACACUUAUGAAUUUCAUUCAUAUAUAAAGAUUAUUUAUAGUGAUCG